UGGGGAUUGCGUUGGGCUUUACCGCCACCCGCUGAACGGUGCGGAAGAAACCGAUGCCAUCCGUUUCCGUUUCGCUCCUCAGACUUCCUUCUUCAAGCGAAGUUCGUGAAGUUCUCUUGUCCCUCCCUUGAUGUCCUAAAGGAGCUGCAUGGUCGAGUAAAGAUACGAUGAAGUUUGCUGGAUAUAAUUUAAUUUCUUCAUUUACUCCUACUCAUCCUAUUAUCAUUAAAAGCCCUCGCAGAUUUUCAUUAGGCAGCUUUAAGGGGAAUUCAACUAAACUAAGGAACAUUUUGGCUUAUCGUCCAAGACAACAUUUACAUGCAAAGGCUCCAAUGGUCGUGGCUGAUUACUAUUAUCCUCCUUUAUUUAGCGUCGCUCCGAUGAUGGAGUGGACAGACCAUCACUAUAGGACUCUUGCCCGGCUCAUAUCAAAACAUGCAUGGCUGUACACAGAGAUGCUUGCAGCUGAAACAAUUGUUUAUCAAAAGGACAACUUGCAUAGGUUCCUAGCAUAUUCUCCAGAUCAGCAUCCAAUUGUGUUACAGAUUGGGGGUAGCAACCUGCAGCACAUUGCCACAGCUACCGAACUUGCUAAUCCUUAUGGCUAUGAUGAAAUUAAUUUCAAUUGUGGGUGUCCAAGUCCGAGGGUAGCUGGACAUGGAUGUUUUGGUGCACGUCUUAUGCUUGAUCCAAAGUUUGUUGGUGAGGCUAUGUCCGUAAUUGCUUCCAAGACAGAUUCCCCAGUCAGUGUUAAAUGCCGAAUUGGUGUUGAUGAUCAUGAUUCUUACUAUGAGUUGUGUGAUUUUAUUUAUAAGGUUUCUUCACUGUCACCGACCAGGCACUUCAUUAUACAUUCUCGUAAAGCACUCCUUAAUGGCAUUAGUCCUGCAGAUAAUCGUAAAAUUCCUCCUCUCAAAUAUGAAUACUAUUUUGCUCUGUUGCGUGACUUUCCCGACCUGAAGUUCACAAUAAAUGGAGGCAUUGACUCUGUUGACGAGGUCAAUACAGCAUUGCGUGAAGGAGCUCAUGGUGUAAUGGUGGGUCGUGCUGCCUACAAGAACCCCUGGUCUCUUUUGGGACAUGUAGAUACUGCUGUGUAUGGUGCACCAAGCAGUGGCGUCACACGCCGUCAGGUCCUUGAGAAGUAUCAAGUUUACGGGGAUUCUGUUCUAUGGAGAGAUGGAAAGAAACCAGAUGUCCGAGAUGUGGCGAAACCGCUACUUGGUCUUUUCCAUUCGGAGCGUGGAAAUGGUUUGUGGAAGCGGAAAGCUGAUGCUGCUUUUCAGAACUGCACUACGAUCAAGUCCUUCUUUGAGGAGACACUUGACGCCAUUCCAGACUUUGUCCUGGACGCGCCAAUUUCAGGGCCCCCACUCAUCUCGGAAAACCCUUUCGCUGGGGUACGAGAUAAGCUGCCGCCUCCAUACGAUUCUAAAGAGCAGGAGCUUAUGUCCGCCUGAUGUCUUGUCUGUAUUAACAUUUUAGCAUUGAUAGAGAUCAAUUGAUUAUUUGUGCUGUAACAGUUGACAGCCUCUGAGACUUGGAAUGACUACAAUGUCUGUUACACAAAUAGCAUAUAUAAGAAUACACACUGAUCUAUCUAUAUUA